AUGUCAACAGUUCACUCCGCAGACAAGACAAUUCAUCAGAACAAUACUCUAGGCGUUGAAAUCGAUGUUAGCCAUAAGGAGCAUCCUAAUCACGGCAAGCUCGAUGACAGUCACCAGACGACCGGCGGGCUUGGAAACCCCUUGAGAAACAUACCUCGGGACCGACUCAAAGCUGAAGCUAGUCUGUUUGCAGUCAGCCUCGGCUGGCCGAGCGAAAUCGGAUUGUUCCAGAAAGCAGCAUUGGUAGCACAAAGCCCGACGGUAUUUGAGGACAUACCGGAGCUCACCGAGGACGAUCGAUCGGUUUUAAGGAAUGAAGUCGAGCACUGCUGGAGGCAUCCUUUUGCACUCUACCUUACCAUCGCCAUGAAUUCGAUCAGUGCAGCAGUGCAAGGCUGGGAUCAAACAGGUUCCAAUGGGGCAAACCUAUCAUUCCCGCAAGCUUUUGGUAUUGAGGACAAGGGACAAGCCUGCUUAGCAUCUGGAACAUGUCAGAGAAACUCGUGGAUCAUCGGUGCCAUCAAUAGCUCGCCGUACAUGGCUAUAUGCCUUGUCGCUUGCUGGCUGUCUGAUCCAGUGAACAACUGGAUAGGUCGCCGAGGCGCUAUUUUUGUCGGUGCUAUCUUCAGCAUUAUUGGGCCAAUUGGCCAAGCGAUUUCCCAGACUUGGCCACAGAUCCUGAUAUACAGAAUCCUGCUUGGCAUGGGCAUGGGCUUGAAGGAAGUCACUGUUCCAGUGUUUUCUGCGGAAAGCUCGCCAUCUAGCAUCCGUGGGGCUCUCGUCAUGUCCUGGCAGCUCUUUAGCGCAUUCGGCAUCAUGCUUGGCUUCAGCGCAAACCUAGCUGUUGCCGGAUACGGUGAAAUUGCCUGGAGGCUUCAACUUGGUUCUGCUAUGAUACCUGCUGUGCCACUUCUUCUGGGUAUCUACUUCACACCCGAGUCCCCGAGAUGGCUGUUAAAGAAGGGCAAGUACAGGAAGGCUUAUGCAUCGCUCCAGAAACUCCGCGGGAACGACCUUCUCGCAGCCAGAGACUUGUACUUGAUCGAUGCUCAAAUGAGCAUGGAGCAGAACCUCAUACAGGCGCAGGGAUUUGACAAGAGCAACUUUUUUAAAAGAUGUGUAGAGCUGUGGACGGUACCGCGCAACCGCCGUGCAACUCAGGCAUCUGGCAUCAUCAUGGCCGCUCAGCAGUUCUGCGGAGUAAACCUCAUGUCUUUUUACUCUUCGACUCUGUUCGAAGAAGCCGGGGCAAGCAAAACAUCUGCUCUCUUGGCCUCUUGGGGAUAUGGCAUGGCCAUGUUCUUGUUCGCACUCCCAGCCCUGAAGACCAUCGAUCGAUGGGGUCGGAGAACCUUGUUGCUCGCGACGUUUCCCAACAUGUGCUGGGCGAUGGGGGCUGCUGGUCUGGCUUUCUACAUCCCAAAGGACAGCCAAGCGCACCUUGGAGUCAUCUGCCUCUUCAUCUACCUAUUCGCAGCUUUCUACGGCCCGGGUGAGGGGCCAUGCGCAUUUGUAUACUCGGCCGAGGUCUUCCCUCUGUCACAUCGCGAGGUUGGCAUGGCUUGGGCUGUGGCGACCAACAACUUCUGGGCCAUCAUCGUCGCCCAGACGUCUCCACCUCUGUUGCAAGCCAUCGAUCCUCAGGGCGUCUUCUCUCUCUAUGCUUUCUUCAACGUUAUUUGCUUCAUCCUCAUCUUCCUGUUUCUUCCAGAGACCAAACAGCGCUCACUUGAAGAGCUUGAUGGCGUAUUUUCUAUAUCCACUCGACGGCAUGCAUCAUACCAACUCAAAGAGGUUUUGCCUUGGUGGUUCAAUCGGUACGUCUUGAGGAAAGGGUUGGAGCCUGAGCCAAAGUUGUACGAUUUUGAGAUGGUUGAAAAUGUCGAGUCGGGCCCAAGGUUGUGA